AUGGGUGUCUUCGGCAUCUUGUCUCUCAUUAUCACGCCCUUCGCGCAGCUCGUGUUUUCCGUGUUCGGCUUUGUGUUCACAGCCCUCGUCCUACGCAUCGUUUACUGCCAGUUCUUCCAUCCCUUGUCGCAAUUUCCAGGGCCAUGGUGGGCGACAUCGUUCUCGCUCGUCGGCGCCAUCAUCUCCGUCAAGCACAGAGAGCCUCAAUUCCUCACCUAUUUGGUGAACAGAUAUGGCACUGAUCGGCCAAUCCGCAUCUCGCCCACUAUGCUGAUUUUUCCGCGCCCUUCGGCCGCAAGAGACAUAUACUGGGACCCGAAGUGUAACCUCAAGAGUGGGCUGUAUGGCACGGGUGCGCUGGGUCCACCAUCGCUCUUCACGACGCUUGAUGGCGAGCAGCACAGGCAGCUGCGCAAGGCGCUGUCCAAUGCGCCGUGGACGAUUGGGCAGCUGAAGAAUAGGUGGGAGCAUCGGUUUGAUGAGCAGGUUAUAAUUUUCAUUGAGAAGAUGAGGGAGCAUGUGGAAGCGGGGAGAGUCGUGUGUUUGAGCGACAAAGUGGCGGAAUUUGCGGCGGAUAUCAUGAGCAUGAUUUCGUUCACGAACGCCUUUGGCUGUGUCAAGAACCAGCGCGAUGAGAAGCUCAUAUUGACGAACUGGAGGAUCGGGCUCGACUUCUUCGGGUUUGUGGGCCGCUUCAGGUUUUUCCGGGAGAAGAUCAUUCCGAUGCCGUAUGUUGGGCGGUACUUUCUCCCUUCUAUAGACAAUGAGUUGGGCAUGGGAUGGCUGAUGUGCGAGGCUGAUAGGCAGGUUACGGCUCGGGAGAAGUUGGUUGCAGAGAAGGGGUUCGACGACACACCGGAUUUCCUACAGCACUGCCUCGAAGCGCGCUACUCCGAUGGUUCUCCCCUAACACCAGUCCAAAAGCGCUCUCACGUCACUCUUCUCAUCCAAGCCGGAGCCGACACAACCGGUACUGCGCUCGGAUCGAUCCUGCGUUUCAUCACCACCACUCCUGGCGUAUUCGAUCGCGCUCGCGCGGAAAUUGAUGAAGCAGAUCGCGCCGGACACCUCUCGACACCUAUUCUAUAUGAAGAAACGCGCCGGUAUCUGCCCUACUUCGUAGCCUGCAUCAAAGAGGGCGUCCGUUUGAACCCAUCUGCCACUAAUCUCUUCGCACGCAUCACUCCAAAGGGCGGCAAGGUCAUUGAUGGCCACUUCAUCCCUGAGGGUGCAGAAAUUACGACCUAUGCGUAUGUGAUGCAGAGGGAUAAGAAAUUCUAUGGAGAGGACGCGAACGAUUUUAGGCCGGAGCGGUGGUUGGAAAGCGAGAAGAGGUCGAAUGAGCUGGAGGCGGUGCAGUUUUCGUUUGGAAUGGGGCCGAGGAUAUGUAUUGGGAAGGACAUUGCGUAUAUGGAGAUGUUCAAGUUACUGCCUGAGGUCGUGAGACGCUUUGACAUUGAGGUUCUCCAAAAGGGCAAGUAUGUUGUUGCAGGUGGGGUUGCGUACAACCAGCAUUUCAUGGGAAGGUUUGUGGAAAGGAUGAAGGGAAAGGGGAUUAUGUGA